AUGUCUACCCCAAUUAUUAUUGGUUUUGCUGUUGCUGGUGCUGCCACGGCCGGUCGCUUAGGUAUCCGUGCAUUCCAGGAAUACCAAAAACUGCCAAAAACUGCCAAGGCACCCCGUCUCUCUAAAUUUCACAAAGGUGGUUUUGAUGCCAAAAUGAACAAACGUGAAGCAGCAUUAAUUCUUGGCUUAAGAGAGACGCAGGCAACCAAGCCUAAAAUCAAAGACGCACACCGAAAGAUCAUGUUGUUGAACCAUCCUGACCGUGGAGGAUCACCGUAUCUUGCAACAAAGAUCAACGAAGCAAAAGAAUUUCUAGACAAGGCGAAAAAAUAA